AUUGCUUUGACUGUGUGUGGACUCUGGUCUCUCAGGUUGAGUGAGGAGAAGGAAACUCUGGCACACUUUGUGUUGUAACCAUGGAUCACAGCUUGAUAAUCCCAGUAGUGGUAGGUGUUUGUGUGGUGGUGGUGACCGUGCUGUACUUCCUCCUGGGAGGCUCAGCAGGUGAGAAGAAGAAGAAGCUGCCUGUCACUCUGCAGGAUCCUACGGUCAAAUAUUCCCUUCCUCUUUUAGACAAACAGGAAAUCAGCCAUGACACAAAAAAAUUUCGGUUUGGCCUUCCAUCUGCAACUCACGUCCUUGGACUGCCAGUAGGUCAGCAUGUGUACCUGUCAGCCAGGGUGAACGGCAGUCUGGUGGUCAGAGCCUACACUCCAGUAUCCAGUGACGAGGACCAGGGAUAUGUUGACCUUGUGGUCAAGGUGUACUACAAGAACUGCCACCCCUCCUUCCCAGAUGGAGGGAAGAUGUCUCAGUACCUGGACAACAUGGCUAUUGGAGACGCCAUGGACUUCAGAGGACCCAAUGGACUGCUUGUGUAUAAGGGAAAUGGUCAGUUCUCCAUCCGACCAGACAAGAAGUCAGAGCCAAAAGUUCGGAAAUUCAAGCACAUUGGGAUGAUCGCUGGAGGAACAGGUAUCACUCCUAUGCUGCAGUUAAUCCGCAGCAUCACAGCAGACCCCAGUGACAACACCAUGUGCUCCCUCAUAUUUGCCAACCAGACUGAGAAAGAUAUUCUCCUCAGGAAGGAGCUGGAAGAGGUGAAGAAAAACCACCCUGAUAAAGUCAAGCUGUGGUUUACACUGGACAAACCUCCACAAGAUUGGAGCUACAGUUCAGGGUUUGUGACCUCUGACAUGAUCAAGGACCAUCUCCCUGCUCCGUCUAACGAUGUCCUUGUUGUCCUGUGCGGUCCUCCACCGAUGAUCCAGUACGCCUGUCUGCCAAAUCUGGACAAGCUGGGACACAAAACGGAAAACAUCUUUGCAUACUAGUGUUAUGAUUGACUAUGAAACUGUAUUUCAUGUUCAACCAAUCAUGAAACCAAACAUCACUGUGCACAGUUAAUGUUUUGACUUCAUGCUUUUCAUGUAGGCAUGUGUCCAUUUUUGACGUCAGUGACACUAGAAUGCAAACCUGUCACAUUAAAUGGGUGCAUAAUUGCCAUCAUCUCAGGUGUGCUGUUAUAUACAGUAUUUCAGCAAACCCUGUGAUCACCUUUUGUACAAGAUACACUUUCAAAAUGAAUCUCUUUUUUAGGCAAAAUGUGAAUUCAUGUGAAAUAAAGAUAUAAAAAGUA